AGUGGGCGGAAAAUUAGGCAAUUCUCUUUAGUGUUUGCCCUGUCCACCUUCUCCGCUCUACCUCACCUAUAUUUAAUUCAAAACCAACACAAAAGCCCUCCCUUAAUUUGGAUAACAGUCAAGAAAAUACUAAGCUCAAACGUCGUUACUCAUGGAGUAAUUUACAGCUGGACCUAAGUAAACCGAGGUAGAGCUUUGCAGUCUUCUUCCAUAUAAAGCACCCACUUCUUUCCUUUGGCCUCGACUGCACCCUCCUCUCCUGUGAGAUUCCUCUGCUGGACUGCAAAGCAUCUUCCGUGACACCCAAUCAACAAUCAAAUCAGAAUGUCCCAGGUUCAGUUCCAGACUCCCGCAAACCCCAUUCCCAGUUCUGCCCCUUUACAGCUGCCCCCACCCCAGCCUGGGUUCAGCAUUCCCUGUGCUACUGGCUCCUUACCUUCAGAGAGUGCCAGCCACCCACUACGAAGCUCUGCCCUGCCCUCAGCCUCAGCCACGCCCUUCUGUAACCCCACAGUGUCUAACAUGGCAAACCCUAAAGAGAAGACCCCCAUGUGUUUGGUGAAUGAGUUAGCCCGUUACAAUAAGAUCCAACCUGAGUAUAAGCUACUCAGUGAGCAAGGACCAGCCCACUCCAAGAUAUUCUCAGUGCGGUUAACUCUGGGGGAGCAGCACUGGGAUGCAGAGGGGACCAGCAUAAAGAAAGCUCAACACUCUGCAGCAGCUUGUGCUCUUGCCCAGACAGGGCUGCCUAAACCUAGCAACAGAGGGCCUCGCCACCAGGGCAGGAACCCAGGUGGGUUCUCCAAGGGCGAGUCAGACAGCAUGACACACACUGUGGAGCUGAAUGCACUUUGUAUGAAGUUGGGAAAGAAACCUAUCUAUAAACCUAUAGACCCCUACCAAGGGAUGAGGCCUGCAUUCAACUACAAUAUCAGAGCACCGGGGCCCUAUGCCCGCUCCAUGCAACAGUAUUACUACCCAUUUCCUCCGGUGGGGCCCAUGUUGUAUCACAUGGAGCUGUCUAUUGGAGGGCAGCAGUUCCAUGGGAAGGGCCGCACACGCCAGGCUGCCAAACAUGACGCUGCUGCUAAAGCUAUCAAAACCUUGCAGAAAGAGCCACUGCUCCAGGAGCUAGCAGAGAUGAAAGAAGAACCCACAGAAGAAAACCUCAACAAAUCAGAGAUUAGCCAAGUGUAUGAGAUUGCACUGAAGCGGAACAUGCCUGUGAACUUUGAGGUGCUAAAAGAGGCAGGACCCCCUCAUAUGAAGAGCUUUGUGGUAAAAGUGACAGUGGGAGAGUUCACAGGAGAAGGAGAGGGCAAAAGCAAAAAGAUUGCCAAGAAGCUGGCUGCUGUCGCUGUGCUAGAGGAGCUGCGAAGGCUGCCACAGCUGCCUGUCGCAGACAAAAUGCCCCAGCGCAUUAAAAAGAAAACCAAAUCUAUUAUAAAGCUGCAGACCAGUCCAGAAUAUGGUCAAGGCAUAAACCCAAUCAGCAGACUGGCUCAGAUCCAGCAGGCUAAGAAAGAGAAGGAGCCAGAAUAUAGCUUGGUCACUGAGAGAGGGCUGCCCCGACGUAGGGAAUUUGUCAUGCAGGUGUCAGUCUCUGGUCAGACGGCAGAGGGCAUGGGCCCCAGUAAAAAGGUGGCUAAGCGGAAUGCUGCAGAGAAGAUGCUGGAACUCCUGGGCUUCAAAGUGCCUCAGCCUCAGCCUCCCAAGCCGGCACUGAAAACUGAAGAGAAGCCACCUCUGAAGAAACCCGGAGAUGGACGUAAAGUGACCUUUUUUGAGCCGGGAUCUGUGGAGGAGGGGGGUCUGGUCCCAAAGGAGGAAGAUUUCCGUCUGCCCUUCCUCAGCCACCAGCAGCUCCCUGCUGGCAUUUUACCUAUGGUGCCUGAGGUAGCACAAGCGGUCGGAGCCAGCCAGGGGCCCCAUGCCAAGGACUACGGCCGCCCUAAUCAGGCCAAGACCUCGCUGACGGCCAUGAUUGCCAAUGAGCUGCUGUAUGCUGGCACAUCCCCCACUGCUGAAGGCAUAAUGAAGGGAAGCAAAAACCUGGCUCCAAGAACUCAUGGACCCCUCACUAGACCAUCUGAACAGCUUGGCUACCUGGCCACUGUACAAGGUCUACAGGUAGAGUACAAAGACUUUCCCAAAAACAACAAGAAUGAGUUUGUGUCUCUGAUCAACUGCUCCUCUCAGCCACCUCUUAUAAGCCAUGGCAUUGGGAAGGACGUGGAGUCCUGUCAUGACAUGGCUGCAUUCAACAUAUUGAAGCUGCUCUCAGAGCUGGACCAGCAGUCCAGUGAACGCCCAGCAAACGGACCAGUGGCUGGGUGUGGCAAACAAGACUUAGAGGGCGACUCGUUGCUCAAACCGGCUAACUCAAGCACCAUGGGAAAAAGUCUGGACGGCACAGUCUAGAAUACGUUCGGUCGUGCCAUUUAGGAAACACUAGAGAAAAGACAGACACAGAGUUCUGACUAGCUGCUCUGAAAGCCUUGUUCACACUGAAUAUUUACCUUUCUGAAGUGUUACAGUUUCACAGUUAAACAAGAUUGAGAGAUUUCUCUUCCUCCUUGAUGUUGUUUAAUUGUAUACGUAGUUUUGCUUCAUCAUAUCCAGUGGUGGUUUUCUUUGUUUGUUUUUUCUUUUUGUUGUCGAACGGUAAAUCGAUAAAUGUGAAUUUUAACUUGAAUAGAUGGCUUGUUUUCUUUGUUUAAAAUGAAGGCAUUCUAAUGUCAUGCUUUUCUUUAAAUGUUGUCAGUAUGAGCACCCAUAGAGGAUGCGGCUGGACUCUUGUGCUAGAGCUGUUGUGAUAUGUGCAGUAUAAAACCGCUUUGGAGGAUAUGAUGAAGCUAAGGCAAGAGGUCUCUGUCAUAUUGGUUUUUCUCCAGUGCUUUUGAGGUGACGACCAUAAAAAAAAAAAAGAAAGCGUUAACUGCAUUUCCAUGUAGGACUGGGAAAGUUUGUUGAUCUAUGUGUGACGUGUGGUGGUGUUCUGUGAUGUCCUUUCCGUGCGUGAGUGUGUGCAUGUGAGUGUGUGCGUGAGAGAGAGAGAGAGAGAGAGAGAUAUGUUUGGGUGUAUGUAUGGUACAAGCACGAUUAAUCGCCCUCAAUUACAGUCAAACUCAUACUCCCCCACCUCAGUGUAAACCCACCCCAUUUUUUUGCCAGUUGGUUCCCCUUUUCCUCAUGGAAUGUAAGUAAAAAUGUGCCACUGUGCUCUAAAAUCAGUAAGUCUCUUUUUAGUGUGAAUGGGAAAUGCAGUAAAUGAGACAUGAGAAUGGGGUGAGAGGAAAUCAUGGUAAAUUUAUGUGAGUCAUUUAAAAA